AUGUUAAACUACCAGCAGCAGUUGAAUUCGCUGCCCGUCGGCAAUCCGGGAAAUUUUUACUACAGCCCGUCGCUCUCCGGCGAAAUAUAUCCAUCACAUCAGUCGCACAACCUGGAAUCCGAGGACAAACUGGACGAUCGGGAAGAAGGUGGCAGGAGCCUAGACAAGAUGCACAGAUUCUCCGUUGAUAAUAUCAUGGAAAUGAAGCACGACGCUUAUUCCAAGGGAAAACUUGCCAUGGAACUCAGUGGCAAUUUCGGACCCACUGGCGCAGGAUGCGGCGGAGAUCGGGCAGCUCCCUGCUCCGGAAAUCUGGCGGCUGGCGUUGGAGCUGGAGCUGGAGCAGCAGUGGGCCACCAUCACUCGAGGAAGCCGCGCCGCAAUCGCACCACCUUCAGCUCCGCCCAACUGACGGCCUUGGAGAAGGUGUUCGAACGCACCCACUAUCCGGAUGCCUUUGUGCGCGAGGAGCUGGCCACCAAGGUGCACCUGAGCGAGGCCAGAGUUCAGGUCUGGUUUCAGAAUCGGCGUGCGAAAUUCCGGCGCAACGAGCGGAGCGGCGGCUCGAGGCCACUUCUGGAUGCGGCACCUCAGUUGGUGCCGGCGCCGAUUAGCAAUAAUAUGCACAAAUAUGCCAAUAUGCCACACCCACACCAGCAUCCACACGCACACCCACCGCCGCCACCGCCCCCUGGCGCGUAUGCCCUCAAUUUUGGGCCACUGGAGCUGCGCUCGUGCCAGAACUAUACGAACUGCUACGGGGGAUUCGGAUCGAGUCCUGCCAGCAGCAGUGGCGUCUGCUCCUUCUUUGGAGCCACCAACUACUGUGUGGCCGCCAAUUAUGCGAAGAACGCGUAUCCGCCGCUCUGA